UGAGCCCUAGCCUGGGGCUUCCUAUUUCGGGAGCCGGGGGCGUGGGCCACGUCUCAUGUGAUGCGAGGGCUAUUUAAAGCGGCAGCCCGGGCAGGGAGCCGCCGUCCGAGUCUGCACGUCUGCUCUCUUCGCAGCUUCUGUCUCAGCCUAGCCCAGCAUCACUAUGGUGGACGCUUUCCUGGGCACCUGGAAGCUAGUGGACAGCAAGAAUUUCGAUGACUACAUGAAGUCACUCGGUGUGGGUUUUGCUACCAGGCAGGUGGCCAACAUGACCAAGCCUACCACAAUCAUUGAAAAGAAUGGGGACACUAUCAUCCUAAAAACACACAGCACCUUCAAGAACACAGAGAUCAGCUUUAAGCUGGGGGUGGAAUUCGAUGAGACAACAGCAGAUGACAGGAAGGUCAAGUCCAUUGUGACACUGGAUGGAGGUAAACUUGUUCACCUACAGAAGUGGGAUGGGCAAGAGACGACACUUGUGCGGGAGCUAACUGAUGGAAAACUCAUCCUGACACUCACCCACGGCACUGCAGUUUGCACUCGCACUUAUGAGAAAGAGGCAUGACCUGACUGCACUGUUGCUGACUCCUACUCUGCCAAUCGGCUACCCCUCGACUCAGCACCACAUUGCCUCAUUUCUUCCUCUGCAUUUUGUACAAAUCCACAAAUUCUUCUAGGUUUAGGUGCCACUGGCCUGGAUCCACUUCCAGUUUCCAUUGUGUAUGUGGUUUUUUUGUUAACGGCAUUCAUAGGGUGCUCUGAGGUCAAUAAAGCAGAGCCAAGGCCACUCAGUUGCCUUUUUGCCUUUGGUAACAUAACUCUGGGAGUCUUGGUUUCUCCUGUGUGUCAAAGAGUGGGCAGAAGUAACUGCCUGAAGGUUACUCAGGAAGCAGCACUGGAUGGGAGACUGAAAUGGACAGUGUCAGAGACUGAUGAUCAGCUGAUCACCUUACACAUUUAAUAAUAAAACAGCUGUACCUA